AUACACCACUGGCAAAUCUUACAUAGAUCAGAAGUGGCCCACACCUGUAUCUAACAACAAACAACCUUUAUUUGUCACAUACACAAUUAUACAGAGUACAACAUGUAGCAAAACUCUUGUGUCCGAGCCACAGACAUAGCCUCGCCAUUGCAGGAGUUGGUAUUAAGCAUGGGGGUCUAGCCACGACCGGGUGGGAAUCAAACUUGUGAACCCAGCGGCAAAGGUGUGUAGUCUUACCACCACACAGGAUCCAUCGCAGAUUGGUUAGAGGGUGCAGACUUGACUUUUUCAAUGACAGCUGCAGCUACUGGGGAUCGAGCUAGUCUGACUCGCCUCUGGAUCUUGGAAGUGACAAGACUUUUGCCCAGUUCUUCCAGGAAAAGCUGACGUUGGUACAAUUUGAAAGAACAAGAAACGAAAAAGAAAGGAUGACCAGUACUUUGGUCAACACAAAAACUGGAAUGGGUCAAACUGAUCCUUAACAUAAAAGAAGGUCAUCCUGAAUCACAAUCAUCAGUUUAGGUUAAUUACAGCCCAAGAACAGUAUUGAUAGGGGCCAUAUUUAAAGCGAAUGUCUAUUGCUACUGUGGAAGUGACGUAAAGACAUUGAUUUUAUUUCAAAGGUUUCUGGCAUCCUUUGAUAAAUGGCACUUUACCCAGUAAAAGUUUGCUAUUCUGCAUCUGUGUGAUUUUGAGUGACAAUAAAAAACUCCAUGUAUUAAUACUAAUUUACACAAUACAGCCCUACUCCAAAAAACUGUCAUAGAUUUAACUGUGAAGUUGGGUUUCAAAAAUAAGUGUUUAAGGUUUUUAGAGCAUGUUAGCAGUGCCAGCACAGAACAGACCAUCAUGGUUGCUGCUGAUAGACUUGUAUAAGUUUAUGUUAGCAAACUACUGAAACAAAUGAUAACUCAGUGUAAAACAAGGAAACUAAAACAAAAAGGAACUCUAAGCAUGUACAUUUUGUUUUAGUUUUAUGUUGUUGUUGUUUUAAGAGCUGGAUAGCUGCACUGUAAUAGGAAAAUCCAGCUGUUAGCCCUAAUGUUAGGGUUUGUAGGACUUUCUUGAACCAUAGCUUCCCCUGACUCAAACGGGUUCUCCUCCACACUGUCCUCAUUUAUAAAAUGUUGACAAACUGAAGUAUUACGGCUAACAGGUGCAUUUUUCCCAUUUCAGUGCAGCCAGUAUAGGCCUACUGCUAAAGAAACAAACAGUAAAAGUAAAUCCUGAGUAUAUUCCACUGAGUUAACAUAAACCAAGUCUUUCAGCAGAAACCAACCAACCGGCACAGUGAAGUCAUGUUCUGUACUGGAGCAAGAUGGUGCUAAAUAUACUUUGAACACACGUAUUUCUUAAAACAGCUUCACAGACGGUGUUAAAUCUGUGAUAGUUUUUUAGAGUAGGGCUCCGUGGUGUAAGUUAGCUGUAGAGUUUCCUGUCCACCUUAAUGCAUACAUGCCUGUAAGACAAUAAUCAGGGCACGAGGGUGGCGCUUAAACUAAUGGGAGGUAUGACAUUGCGGAAGGCUAUUCCUGUCUGCUUACCACGCCUCUUCACAAUAACGUGGAAGUCAGGAAAUGCUUGUGUUAAUAUCAGGAACGGAGUGAUCGGGCAGCUCAGAGCCGAUCCGGGGAAGUGGACGGAGCCGACCGCUGAGAUGGCUCAGGCGAAUAUCUCGGUGACGGAGAGCCAGUUCAGGUGUCCCAUCUGCCUGGACAUCUUGAAGGACCCGGUGUCUAUCCCCUGCGGACACACCUACUGCAUGGCAUGCAUCAACAGCUACUGGGACCGGGUGGACUCGGGUCAGUUCAGCUGCCCUCAGUGCCGGGACACGUUCAGCCCUCGGCCGGUGCUGCGGAGGAACACUGUGCUCGCCGAGGUUCUCGGCAAACUCAAGCUGAAUGAGAUUGACACAGCGCCGGAGGUCUACCUGGGGGGAGUCGGGGAAGUUCCCUGCGACUUCUGCACGGCGGAGAGUAAACUGAGGGCGGACAAGUCGUGCCUGGUGUGCCUGGCGUCUUUCUGCAAGCUUCACGUCCUGCCGCACCGUGAGGUCGGUACUUUGCGACGCCACAAGUUGGUGCCAGCGGUAGAAUGUGUGGCGGAGAAGCUGUGCGCUCAGCACCGCCUGGGGCUGGAGCCCGAGGGGAGCGGCUCCGAGGCAGGGGCUGCGGUGGAGUGGAGCGGGUACUGCCUGCUGUGCCAGGCCGACCAGGAGGAAGCGCCCAGUGUGGAAGCGCAGAGAGCUAGGAGACAGCUCCAGCUCCAGGAGUCUCAGAGGAUGGUCCAGGGGAGGAUACGGACCGGAGAGAGAGAGCUGCAGGAGUUUCAACAAAACUUGGAGUCUCUCAAGUUGUCGGCGUCUGCUGUUCUGGAGGAUGGUGAGGCUCUGUUUGCUGAUAUGGCACUAUGCCUGGAGAAAACCAAGGCGGAGGCCCGAGCGAGGCUGGAAGCGAAAGAGCGCGCAAUCGUGGUGAGAGCUGAAAGUGACAUAGAGCUGAUGGAGAAGGACCUGGAGGAGCUGAGGAGGCGAGACGAGGAGAUCAGCCAGCUGCUGCAGUCUGAGGAUAAUGCUCAUUUCUUACAGGCCACCCAGCUGCUCUGCAUGCCUUUCGCCACUGGUCGGCACUCCGGCACCCUCAGCCUGCCCACGGAGGCCUUCAGUGGUGCCAGGAGAGCACUGGGCCACCUCCGUAGCCACAUAGAGGAGGUCUGCAGGGAGGAGGUCGACAAGAUCACCCCCGCAGUUAAUGAUAACUACAAAUCUGGUGGAGAGCAUGUAAAAAGUGGUCGAAUUCACAGUGCGGUGAACUCCAAACCUCAGCAAGUGCAACUGUCUACAGGGCAACAUGCAACCAGGGCAGCACCAGUGUCGUUCCCGCUGUCGUCUCUGUCUCUGCAGGCGCCUGAUCAGAGGAUGAGGGCAGCUUUCCUCAGGUUUUCGUGCCAUUUGACCUUUGACCCCGAGACAGCUCAUCCUACCUUGGUUCUCCUGGAGGGGCCCCAGGGUGCUCAUUGUGGCGAGGAGCCACAGCCCUACCAGCCUCAUCCACAGCGCUUUGACUCAGUGGCGCAAGUCCUGUGCAGGGAGGGCCAGUUUGGCGGUGCCAGCUACUGGGAGGUGGAGUGGAGAGGAGGUGGGUGGAUUGACAUAGGCGUCACCUACCGUGGGAUCGGGCGCAAAGGUGGCGGGAAGCCCUGCCUGCUUGGGCGCAACGAGCACUCUUGGCGGCUGAGGUGUAGUCAUGCUGGAUAUGCUGCAUGGCACGAUAACCGCAAGACCACGGUCGCUGCACCGCCCUCCCCCAGGAUCGGCGUGUUUCUGGAGCGCCAGAAAGGAGCUUUGUCCUUUUACAGCAUCUCGGACUCCAUGGUGCUCCUGCACACUUUCCAUUGUUCGUUCUCUCAGCCACUAUACCCCGCCUUCCGUUUGGAUCUGGACUCAACUCUUGUCAUCUGUCCUCAUGAGGGAAGCUAACUAUGCCCCCAUGUUUUUCCAGGACGUCUCAUUUAUCUUCUGGAGGAAAGGGCUGUUCGCUCUGCCAAUCGAUAUGAGUGAGUGGUGAGGAAAUGGCACUUUUCUGUGUAAUUCUCUUUGACUGUAAUAUUCUCUUUGAUAACUGCCGGGUUGAGUGGCAGAAUUGCAUAAUUUUUUUAACAGCAUGCAUGUUUUUUACAGUGUACUUUAUUACAUAAAAGCCCAUGUGUCAUCAUUUAAACCAGAUACACACACAGGUUAAUAAAUAUACACAUAUACAUAUAUAUAAACUGAUGCUUUCAGCAAAUUGAAAAUAUACCCUCAAGUUGGAUUUUAUGCUAGCUUUAAAAGACUGCAAAAGUUGUGUAGUGCUGAAAAUCACUUGGUUCCCACAGCUAAUUAGCUAACUGGUAACAGGCCAUAGACCAGGGGUUCAUCACAUUGUGAAAGACUGUUUGAGCAAAUAUUUAAAUAAGAAAACAGUUUCUCAGAAAUGGGAAAGAAUUUCUGGUCCAUAAUAAGCCAUUAUCAUGGGUGAUUUCCACAUCUGUGAAAGCACCAUUAUUGUUGGCUGAUACAUGCAAGGCACCAUGUUGCCCACCAUCUACAGUACAGUAGCUGAGUUGGACAUCACCGUUCCACCUAAUUGUGUUUCACGUACAUGACUAUAGACCGGCCAAAUACAUAAUACACCUUACAACUUUGUAUUUUACAGUUCCUUCAAACUAUAUCUGACUAUUUAACAUUUGAACAUGUACAUUUUUAUCAUUUUGUCUUUUUCUUUACCUCUCCUCACUCAUUUCUAGCUUAUCCUGUUCCUUCUUACCUUAACCUCAUCUCCUGAACUGAAGUUAGGGUUCUAAAUUAGAACUUCUAAUGUGCAUAAUCAUGCUAAUUUACGAUAUUGUCACAAUUACUUAUUGUUACCAACAAGCCAGCUAAACAACAACUGCUAUUUACAAGUUAACAUUAGGCCAGCUAAUGUUAGGAAAGUGUUUGUCACUUUCCCUGUGAUAAACACUUUGUUUCAGAGUAUCCCAUUGUAUCAGAGUUUACUUGCUAGGUGUCCAAGUCCAACAUAAUGCCAGCUAACAGCAGCUAACAAUGGUAAAAACAGCGGUGCUUAUCAGCAGCUCACUGAGGUUCGCUUCACUGACUUAUCGGCUCGAAUCGUAGUCCUUUCACUAAAUUUUACAGCAUCUACCAGAGCAAACAGCAUAUUGAUAGCUAAAUGUCGAACGGCUGUGGUCAGAGGUGAUUCGUGUGUCAAAAAAAGUACUGCAAAACUGCAAAACACAUAUUCAUUGUUUAAUUCCCGAUUUAUUGCUAAGUGAAAAGUGUUUGUCCACCAGCAGGCACCGUAGCUGGAAUUAUUACACUUGAAUUGAGAUGAUAAGUAAUCAGAGCUCAGUUGACUGCAAUUUACUGACAUCUGGUGGUGAGAUUUUACACACUCUACCUUUAAGUAAGACACUGCCAGACCACAUGAGCACUGUUGAACAGGUUAUAUGAUGUGUCCCAAAAAAUGAGAGAAUAUUUGAUUAUAGAGCAACAGGUCUGGAAAACCGUGAUAAAUAUUCCUCAGUCUUGACUUUGUGUUGCUGGCAUCAAAUUUAAAAGGACAAUUUUUUUUUUACAUUUUCUUUUUACUUUUAAUUACAAAAAUUUAUUAGUUUUAACAGGAAUGUUUACUUUUUUAAAAUUUAAUUUAAAUAUGGGGUUAAAAUAACUUUUACAGUGUGCUGACCUUGUUGUAAUAUCAGGUGGUAUUUGUGUUCCAGUAAGACAUGGAUGAGUUACUAUGAGUUAACAUACAAUUAUAAAUAUGCUCAUAUUUUGUAAUAUUUUUGAACAUUUUUUGUGUUUUUGCCCCUGUGACAUAUGUUUACUGAGAAAAAGCCAUAUUCACAGAUUUACUGAGCAAUGGAGUAUAAAAAGAAGAACCAUAAACUUCAGCGUGUUUGUAGAAAUCAUUUGACUGGAAACAUGUGCGACAGUGUUUCCCACAGAUUCUAAAUCAGCAGCAGAGAAAUAUUCAUUGGUUUCUCCUCCCUUUGCGUUUGAUGUUAUUUUCAUAGGGUUGUACAUUUAUAGGAGUCAAAGGUUAUUUUUUUCCAUUAUCAGUUAUACUAAUGUGACAUGGGAAACCUCUGGGCAUUUUUUUCAAUUAAACCUGCAGAAGUGACCUCAGCUUCAGAUAAAUUAAACGUUGUUUUGCAUUAAUCUUAAAUUAAAUGAAGGAAUAGUUUCAUAUGUUAAAAAAAUGCUUACAGAAUUCUGUUGGAAAAAGUUGUAGCAUGAUAAAUAUGGAUGUACAAUUUCUUAAGGUACUCAACGGGCAGGUUGUCCCACUUCUUGUUUGUUUAGCCUGAGUUCUGUCUUAUCAUCCUUGAAUGAUUCUGUUAUGUUGACAUUAAGACUCUGUGGAAACCAUACUGGCUGUUUAUCUUGCUGCUGGAGACAGCUCUUUGUGACUUUUGUCAAAUAUUUAGGAUCAGUGAUGUGCUCCAGAGGAAAACUGGGACUAAUCAUGAGCCUUGUGGUACUGUGCGAUGGAAAACAAUCAAAAGAUCCAAGUGCCUCAAACAUUUGCACAGAACAACACUUGCUAUCAUUGCAGCACUUUGAUUGCUUCUAAGGCUACGUUCACACUGCAGGUGAAAGCGCAUCAAAUCCGAUUUUUUUGACCCUAUGCGACCCAUAUCCAAUCAUGGUAUGACAGUGUGAACGGCACAAAUCCGAUAUUUUCAAAUCCGA